UUUGUCAGUCUAGCAUUACACGCUGUCUCGUGUAUGAGUCAACACCACAGGAGUAAUCAUUAACGCACAUGCUCUACAAUGAACUUCAGCCUUCUUUUCCCAUAAUCCUCCUGCAAUACUCAUAGUGCUCUUGAUCAGAGAGCGUGGAAGAACUUCGCAAGAGAGGAAUAGAGAGCAGAGGGAGCGAGAGAAGUAGAGAAAAGGUGAGGAACUGGCAGAAUCUUUGAAAAGCUACACAGUGUUAUUAUUCAACAUGACUGAUAUAGCCUCACCCAUAAGAGUUGGCAUUGUGGGAUAUGGACAUUUAGGUCAGUUCCUGGUGGAUCGCAUACAGAAAGAGGGGCUUGCAGCAGGCCUUAGCUUGGCCUUUGUUUGGAAUAGAAAUGCAGACAAACUCAUUGAGUCAGUCUCUAAGGAUCUGAUCCUGACUGACCUCUCUGACUUUACACAAACAAAUGCUGACCUGAUUGUGGAGGUCUGUCAUCCACAGAUAGUGAAAGAUUUUGGGGUUCAAUUCUUAUCACACGCAAACUUCCUGGUGGGCAGUCCCUCUGCUCUGUCAGACUCUCAGCUGGACCAGGAGCUCCGGCUGACUGCAAAGAAACAUGGGAAGACGCUCUAUGUGCCCAGCGGUGCUUUAUGGGGCGGCCAAGACAUCCAGAGACUAAAUGACAGUGGAUCAUUAAAAGCCCUCUCCAUUCGUAUGUCAAAGCACCCCUCCUGUUUCCGCCUGGCUGGAGGCAUGCUCUCUGACUGGGCAGAAGAGGAGGGGAGGCGUGUUUUGUUUCAUGGCUCAGUGGCAGAGCUCUGCCCCAUCGCCCCUAACAACGUGAACACUAUGGCAGCCGCCGCCAUUGCCGCAUCAACCCUGGGCUUCCAUGGAGUCACUGGAGAGAUUGUGUCUGAUACUGCUCUAGCUGAUUACCACCUAGUGGAGGUUGAGGUGACAGGCCCUGAAGGCUUCUCAGUGAAAACAGUGAGACGCAACCCAGCCAAGCUAGGAGCUGUUACUGGCAGCGCCACCUACAACUCAUUCUGGAGCAGCUUAUUGGUCUGCAAAGGUCAUGGAGGGAGAGUGUAUCUGUGCUGAAAAACCAUCCACACCAACACACCUCUUCCUUUUGAAUUCUAAUUUGAAUUAUCCUUCUCAUUUGUAAAGCACUUUGAAUGACCGCAGUGUGAAACCUGCUAUAUAAAAAAAACUUGCCUUGCCUCUGUCUGUGCACAGAAGCUGUUCCUAAGAUGAUACCGCGAGAUCAAAAUGGGAAACGUUAAUGAAUUUAGAAAAUGAAGACAAGUCAUUGGUAACAAUAAUAUAGUCUUUAAUUUCUGUUCCACAGCUGUGACACAAAUAAACUCAAAUUGUAUGUGUGGA